AUGAGCCGUCGAGAGUCCGACGACCUGUCCAACUACAGCUACGGUGGGGGAGAUAGGCGCCGAGGAAGCGGUGGGAGAGGAGAUUAUGAUCGCUUCGGUGGAUGCCGUGGUAUCUUUGCCUGGGAAGACGAGCCGGAUCCGACUUGGAAGAAUGCAGUGGAAACGCACGGGGGUGGAGUGCCCAAGUUUGCGACAAAGGGCGAAUGCGAAGAGUUUGUUCAGAAGCAUUGCGCGCCGGGGUCGAACCCGGACUUUCGCAACCUCCAACACAUCUUCACGAUGCUUGUCACGUGGAGGCAGAUUGAAGACAUCUUGCUCCCAGCCAUGUCGUUUGUCGACGAAAAGUACCCGUUUACGCCAUUGACGGACCCGGACGUUCGCGAUGACAACCGGUUCAUCGGCACCGACGUCGAGAAAGGGAUCGCGUGGCGCAUGGAUUUGCCGUUCCAUCGAUGCACGAACCGCGAAUCCACCAUGCACACCCUCAUGUACUUGUUUUUCCACAUGCGCUGCGGCAUCUUUGUCAUGAUUCGAGCCGGGCGCGUCGUGCUCUUUGUUCCGUUUGCAAACAAAGACUACGAGAACAACUGGGCCGAUUUUUUGAAAUUUGACAGCGACGACGGAUCGUUUGACUCGUACUACCUCGAAAAGCGCAACCAUUAUCGCCGCGAAAACAUCAUUCGAGAUGUGCGGAAAUGGUGGGCCAACGGCAACAUCAUCUGCAACGAGCACUGCAAGGACUCGCGCCGCCAAGACGAAACGCAGUACUGGGGCGACCAGUUCCUGUCGCAGCUCCGAGACAUGUUGGACGAUGCAUGCAAGCACCGCCACAUCCCCGACUGCGAGUUUUUCAUCAACAAGCGAGAUUACCCCCAUUUGAAGAACAACCUGUCCGAGCCGUACGGGUUUCUCUUUGACCGGAAUGACAAGGAUCCGUCGGACGACUUGCCCCUGACGCAGUACAAGUUUCCGUCGUACGCGCCCAUCAUGAGCUUUUACAUUUCGAAUCGCUUUGCCGAUAUUCCGUUCCCGUGCUCGGAAGACUGGGAAGCUGCGACGGGCCUCGUAUUCCCGCCAUCGUUCAUCCACACGCAUUGCAACAAGUGUGACUGCGGCGACGACCGGUACUGUCGCAACAACUUUGAGUGCUUUUGCGACGGCGAUCGAAAAUACCAUGGCAUUGCCUCGGUCCGCGAUCUCUUUACAGCGUCCAACUUUAAAAAGUUUGACAAGCCAUGGGAGGAAAAGGUCGACACGGCGUUUUUCCGCGGCACAGCCACGGGCGGCGGCACGACCAAGGAGACCAACCAGCGUCUCCACUUGGCGUACCUGUCCAACUUGUGGAAGAAAGAGCCCGAGUUUCAUCACAUGGUCCACCCGGUGCCGUACUUGGAUGCAGAGAUCACGGCAUGGAACCUCCGCGACAAAAAGAUCGCCGGCCACCCCAUGACGUUUCUACGAAAGGACAAGUUCAAAGGGCGUGGCGAGUUCACGGCCGGGAAAGAGCACUACAUCCCCAUGUACGAGCAAUCCAAGUUCAAGUACAUUUUGUACGUCGAGGGCCACUGCGCCGCGAACCGGUACGCGUUCUUGAUGCGCUUGGGCAGCGUCAUCUUGAAAGUGUCAUCCAAGUGCGUCGCCGAUGAAAUGUGGUACACGCCGCUGCUCGUGCCGAUGGAGGACCAUGUCCCCAUUCAACAAGACCUGUCGGACUUGGCGGAGAAAAUCGAGUGGUGUCGAGCACAUGACGAUGAAUGCCGGGCGAUGGCUGCUCGAGCCAAGGAAAAGUACGAACAGUACGUGUCCAAGCAAGGCAUUUACGACUACAUGGAACUCAUCACGACGCACGUCGCCCAGCGCUUCGUGCCCGAGCCGACACACUGGGGGUAUACCCGCCCCGAGUCACAUUUGGAAAAGGACCCGCGCAAGCCAUCGUUUCAGCCCGAUCGCAACCAUUCGUGCGUCGGAGGAAAAACCUCGAGAUUUUGCACGGGUUGCGAAGAGAACGAGGCGCUGCACGCCGUGCUCAAGCGAAAGCUCGAGGAAAGCGACGCCAUGUACAACCACCGCCCCAAGUCGUAUCACUCGUACCAUCCACCCCGACUCCACUCUGGCGGCGCAUCGCGCCCACCACCCGAGAAGACAUGCCGAAAAUGCCGUCGCAAGAUCUCGUCCUGUUACUGCAAGAAGGAUGACAACUAG